CCAUGCCCGUCUCCCCGGCCGGCAGCCGCAAUCGGCCGAACCUCGGGCAGAAUGCUGGCUCACAGCCAAGGAAGUCCAUUAGCUUCACUGGUCCAGUAAAAGGAGCCCAAACAAAAGGAUAUUUUGGUGCAAACCAAACCAGAAUGGCUAUGUCAAAAACCAUGAUUGUUCUACCUGACAUAAAAACAGUAGAAAAAGCGAGUGUUUCUACCACAAGGACAGUCACACAGGUGAUUGAUGCACAUGGAGUUGAUGUUACUCCCCGACCUCUCUACCGUCCAGAUCCACAUAUUGGUACAGCAAAGCCAAAUAAACUAUUGACAUCACAAGAAGGAUCCCUUGCAUCAGAUUAUAUAUCUUCCUACAGCCUUUAUCAGAACACACUAAAUCCUAGUAUGUUAGGACAGUUUACAAGGUCAGUUUUAGGAAGCAGUACAGUUUCUAAAUCAAGUGUAUCGACUAAUGAAUCAAUAGCAGAAGACCUAGAAGAACCAUCCUACAAACGAGAAAAAUUGGCUAGUUUUACAGAUUUACGAGUUAUAAGGGCAACACCUGGGAAAAUUGCAAAAGAAGAUCUGGAGAAGACCAUAGAGAUAAUACUCACAGAGACGGAAACACUGACGCUUUUUAAUCUACCAACAGUCAUGCUUUCUGUGGAAUCUGAAGAAGCUGAGAAAGUAAGCCAGAGAAACAAGAAUUAUGAGACCCUUUGUAGAAAUAGAUUAGGCAAUGACUUAUAUGUUGAAAGGAUGAUGCAGACUAUUAACGGAGCACCAAAGAAUAAAGACGUUCAAUGUGACAAAAUCAUAAAGGAAGACAAAGGCAUAAUGUCCACUGCUUGGGAUUUGUAUGAUUCUUAUAAUGCUAUGGAGCUUUCAUGUUUACCAGUGAAACAGUCUACAAUUGAUUCACGUAGUAAAGCAAGUGUGCCUCCUGAAGAUCGGGACCAAGGAGCGCCAGGGAGUACUAUAGAAAAAAAUAGUGAAGCUAGUUCUCUAAUGGACAUAGAAAACGUAAUUCUAGCUAGAAUUCAUGACGAUGAAGAAGACCACUCAGAGGCGAUAUUGAAAUCUGAAAAGUUUCGCCAGGACUUAUUUUUUAUGGAACGAGUUCUAAUGGAAAAUAUAUUUCAGCCAAAACUUGCAGCUUAUCGUCAGCUUCCUGUUUUAAAAGAACCAGAACCUGAAGAGCCUGAAGAAUUUUUAGAAGGUGAAAAACUUGAAGAUGUAGAGGAAGAAGUUAAGAAGGAAGAGGAAGAAGAAAUAGAAAUAGAUACAGAACAGUCAACAAUACCAGCCAAUUUGGAACGACUUUGGUCCUUCUCCUGUGACUUAACCAAAGGGCUUAAUGUGAGCAGCCUUGCCUGGAACAAAACAAAUUCAGAUCUUUUGGCUGUUGGCUAUGGGCACUUUGGAUUUAAAGAGCAAAAAAGAGGAUUGGCUUGCUGCUGGUCAAUAAAGAAUCCUACGUGGCCAGAACGUAUUUAUCAGAGUCCAUAUGGAGUUACUGCUCUGGAUUUUUCAAUCGAAGCACCCAACCUUUUAGCAGUUGGCUAUCACAAUGGCACCAUUGCAAUUUAUAACGUGCAAAGCAACAGUAAUGUUCCAGUUCUGGAUAGUAGUGAAUCACCUCAGAAACAUUUGGGACCUGUGUGGCAACUACAGUGGAUAGAGCAAGAUCGAGGAACAACAGGUGAUGACAAAAGAGAAAUACUAGUUUCUAUAUCAGCGGAUGGAAGAAUUUCCAAAUGGGUUAUACGGAAAGGACUGGACUGUCAUGAUUUGAUGCGUUUGAGGCGAACUACAGCUAGCAGCCGCAAGAAAGGAGCAGAAAAAGAAAAGAAAGGUGAAGCUUUGAUAUCUCGACAGGCUCCUGGAAUGUGUUUUGCUUUUCACCCCACGGACACAAAUAUCUAUCUGGCUGGUACUGAAGAAGGUCAUAUUCACAAAUGUUCUUGUUCAUAUAAUGAACAAUACCUGGAUACCUACAGAGGACAUAAGGGUCCAGUGUAUAAAAUAGCGUGGAAUCCAUUUUGUCAUGAUGUAUUCUUAAGCUGUUCUGCAGAUUGGGGUGUUGCUAUAUGGCAACAGGAGACUUGCAAGCCAUUUUUGAGUUUUUAUCCAACUACUUAUGUUGUUUAUGAUGUUGCCUGGUCUCCAAAAUCAUCCUAUAUAUUUGCAGCUGCAAAUGAGAGCAGAGUGGAGAUUUGGGACCUUCACAUCAGCACUUUGGACCCUCUGAUUGUGAAUGUUGCCAACCCUGGAAUCAAGUUCACAACUGUUCUCUUUGCCAAACAGACAGAUUGCCUUCUAGUGGGAGACAGUGAUGGACAGGUUGCUGUGUAUGAACUAAGAAAUAUGCCUACUGCUUUGGAUUCUGGUCGGGGAGACGUAAUAGAUACUUUGCUUGGACCCAAGUCAAACCAACCAGGAUAACUCAUCAUUACUAAUAUCGUUUUUUGUUGUUGUUUAAAGAAAAAGGAACAGUGUUUAAUAUUCAAUAGUCUGAUUUGCAGUAA